GCAUCAUGUCUUCCGAUGCAGAAUCUACACUCGAUGAUCUCGCAGAAAGAUCAUCUGCUGUAAACAAUACAUCAGCAUCCAUUUCUGAUAAUGACAACCCAUCAGCAACUUCAAGAGUUGGACGAACAAGAGGUGGCGAUAACAGUAGUAGCAGUGGCGGAACUGGGACUGGAUUUGGGACUGGAUCUGGAUCAGGAGUAGGGUCAAGAGGUCCAAUUGGGCCUCGACCUGGUGUGUUCCGUCCAUGUGCACGCUGUAGAAUGAAAAAGACUAAAUGCGAUCGACUGAAACCAACGUGUUCCAGCUGUCUAAAGAGUGGAGGUGAAAAUGUUGUUUGUGUCUAUGAUAAUGACGAACCUACUCCUGGUGUCAUCACAGCAUUACAGGAUGCUAAUGAGUCCAUAGCUCCGUCUACGUCUACGUCUACACCCACAUCCACUACUGGAUCUGGUCCUGGUCUUUCAGGACAGAAUAAUGAAGGUGGAUCUAGACAAGGCAGACAGAGUAGGGCAACUGCUGCUGCCGCUGCUGCCGCUGCUGCUGCUGCUAACAUGACAGCGGGAGAAAACGGUAAUGGUCAUAGUGCCAGUAGAAACCAAUCCAAAACUCAAUCCAAAGGCGUCGCAACAAAAGGAGUGGAUGAUUCCUCUACAAAGUCACUGGUUACAUCAUCAUCACCAGGGAACACAGGGAACAACAAAAAGUCAUUAUCAAAUUCAAGUAAUCAACAACAACAGCCACCAUUGAAAAAAAUCAAGACAGGACAUACAACAUCUGCAGCGAUCAAGCCCAGCCCCUUGAGAACCUCCAUUACAAGCACAAAGUCCCCACCACCUUCCUCAUCAUCAAAACGGAAAGCCAGUAUUUCAAAUGGAUCGUCAACAGUAAUAGAAUCGAAGCCAUUGAAAAAUGAACAAGAUAAAAAUGAUAGCGAAGGAAGAGACGUAAAGCAGGAGGAGGACGACGACAAUAAUGACGAUGAUGCUGGUAGAUUAGUCAAGAAGGAACUUACCGAGGAAGAACAAGAAGGCGAUGAGGAUGAAGAUAUGGAAACUGAACAAAAUGACAAAGACGAUGUUGUUUCAGAACUAUCGAUUAAAGAUGUCCGGGACCAGGACAUGACGUCUUCGAGAGAUACAAUAACCGAUGCUAACACUGUAUCUACGAGCACAGGCAAAAUGAAUACUACUUCAUCUGGACGAUCUAACAAGAAACAGUCUUCAGCAGUGCAACAAAAUCCAACGACUACCUCUUCUUCUACAUUGGGUGGAAGUAGUGGUGGUGGCGUCAGCACAAAGUCAAUCACAGGUGGGCAAAACAAAAUCAUUGUGGAUUUGACUCCUAAACCUCCUCCAGUAUUUGUCAUCGACAAAACUCGGCGAGCACGCAAAUGGGGCCGAGCUUCCAACGUCUUCCAGACUCUGGGCGGCGAAGUUAUCGUCCCUCUAUGGACUUCGGAUCAAGAAAUGCUUCUCAAUGAACCCCGACCACUGUACGUGCAGCAGGGAAUCCCAUCCAUGAUGAUGAACAUGACAGGACGGAAGGAUUCUAGUCUAGCAAGGCUGGCAGUGUUGAGUCAACUGGAUAUGGACAUUGACUUGGAUUCGCCAGAACGAGGCAACACCCCCGAUAGUCUCGAUGGUGGUGCUGUUGGUGGUGGAGGUGGAUCACCUGGCCCAAGUCCAGCACAGCCUCUGAAGAAGAAGCGUGUAUUCAAAAAGCUUAAAGAACAACAACAGUCUUUGAACGAAGACUCGGACACUGGAACCAAUACCACCACAAGUAGAAUAACUAAACUUGGUAAGGGUCAACAGAAGAAGCGUGGAAUGGUAUCGGCAUCAACAUAUACAGCAGAAUUCGGUAAAAAACCAUCUGCAGGGAGUGCUGAUGGAGGAGAUGAUGAGGAAGAUGAAAUCGAUACUGGUACGACAAACAAGGCAGCGAAGUCAGGUGUCCAUAAGACGAGUGGUCGAUCAACACCAGUACCGCAACGUCCUCGCAAAUACCCGUGCUCUUUUGAAGGAUGCUCCAAAUCAUUUAUGGACAAGUUCCAUUUGGAUCGACAUGAGGCUCGUCAUAUCACAGAAGAGAUUGUUUGUGGGAUCGAUGGAUGCACCAAGGCUUAUAAUUCAAUCAGCACAGUCCGUCGACAUCAGAGUAUUAUGCACAAGGAUCAAAAAGAGCAGGUUGAGCAGGAGCAAGAAAGAUUGUUGGAACAUGAACGUUUGCAGAAAGCGAGAAUGCAGCAAAAGAAAAAGGAGCGGCUAUUGCGGGAGCGAGAGGAGGAAGAGAGAGGAGGGGUGAAAAGAGGUGGAGAGGGGGAAGAAGAGGAGGAUGAUGGGGAUGAUGAAGAUGACCAGGAUGAGGAGGAUGAGGAGGAUGAGGAGGAUGAAGAUGAGAGGAAUGAGGAAGAAAGAGAGAUGAAGGUCGAUAAUGAUGAGGACGAUGAAAAUAAUAAGCUCGAUGAUAAUAAUAAUGAAGAAGAAGAUGAGGAGGAGGAGGCUUUGAUCCGCUCCAACAGUAAGGACAUUAAUGAUGAUUAUAAUAAUAAGACUAAAACCAAACAAAGUGGUAAUGGUCGCCGAGGCGGAAGUAAUAGCGUUAGAGGCAGUAGAACGGACGCGGGCGGUCCAAAGAAACGAGGUUCAAGGAAAUCCAAGGCGACUGCUGCCACUGCAGCGGCUGAAGAUGCAGAGGUUGAGAGGGUGAAGAUGGCACUGGCCUUAAAGGAUGUUAAGGAUGCAGCAUAUAGACCUUGGAUGGACAGUAAGGACGCUCAGAUUCCGAUUCCGAUACGAACGUCGUCAUUUUCGCCCUCAUCUUCUUCUUCAGUUCCAAGGGAUGCGAUGAAGCAUAAUAGUACUGAAGGACCAAGGCUGCUGCAACAACAACAACAGCAACAGCAACUGCAACAGCUGCAACAACAGCAACGGAAGGAGCAAGAAAGGAGACAUGAACAAGAAUCCAUCAUGAUCGAUUAGAAAUACACAGAUGUGUGUCCUUUUAUUAUUCAUCUAUUUUAUAUUCCCUUGAUUGUUUUGUGUAUCAUAGACUAUGGC